CUGCAACCUGGGAGAGGGUCGCACACCGUCGCGCGCACUCGUACGCACACUCCCGCUUGCCAGCCCAGUGCGCCCGCGUGCGCCCCCCGGCGCGGCUCGGGGAGGAGCAGCACCGCCGCGGCUCGUCUCCCGCCCCCUGAUUCCUGCUGCUGCCGCCCAGAGGAGAGACAAGCCUCUGCCUCGAAUUUCCCCUCGGCGCCGGCGCUGCGGAGAUCCGCGCGGGUGGGCGUGAGGAAGAGAACCCGAUGAAUGAGUUCUCCCAUCGCUUCGGAGUUGUCUGAGUUGGCUGCACAGCGCCCGGGUUUCCGGCACUCAGCCCCCCACGACCUAGCCUUUCCCCAGGCUGCUGCCCACGCCCGCGCCGAGAGUGGCACCAACCGCACCGGGUUGCCCAGGCUCCGGAGCUCCUGUCCCGGCCCCAUUUCGGGGCAAAGGAGGGUUGUCCCCCGCGGAGACGCACAGUCGCGCGCUCUUCUCUCCGCGGCCCCAUCAGCGUCCAUGGCGUCUCAUCAGCAAACCCGAAUCCAGGCUUACCUAGAGAAGAACAAGAUCGGUCCUCUGUUUGAGGAAUUAAUGACCAAGCUAAUAACUGAGACACCUGACCAGCCAAUCCCAUUUCUCAUUGACCAUCUUCAGUCUAAACAAGGAAAUCGUGGACAACUGCAGAGAACUUUGUCUGGAUCUGCAGCUCUCUGGGCUGAAAGUGAAACAUCAGAAUCUAAGGGAACAAGAAGGGAUUUCAGAAGCUAUGAUAAACCCUGGCAAUUAAAUGCAAAGAAGCCUAAAAAAUCAAAAAGUGACCUUGCUGUGUCUAAUAUUUCUCCCCCGUCACCAGACUCCAAAUCAUUGCCAAGGGCAGUAGAGCAUCCUAAGUGGAACUGGCGGACUAAACCAGAAAGCCGGGAUUUUGAUGAAUUGAACCACAUCCUUCAAGAGAGCAAGAAGCUCGGGAAAGCCCUUGAGAAUCUCUCCCGAAGUAUUGCAAUUUCAGAUGAACUCGAUAAGGAAACAGUGGCAUUUAAUUCUUCUCUUCUGAGGCCCCGAGUGAUUGGAGAAUGGAUUGGUAGAGAAGAAAACGAUGCUGAUCCACUGGCUGCUGAAAUGCUGCAGCCCCCAGUUCCAAGAAGUAAAAAUGACCAAUGGGAAAGUGAAGACAGUGGCUCUAGCCCUGCAGGAAGCUUGAAGAUGGAGCCCAAGACUAAAGGAUUAAAACAGCAGCAACAGCAGCAUAAGAAACUUCUGGCAGCAAUGCUUUCUCAGGAUUCAUUUGAGUCCGUCCACAGCCCGACCCCAUCUGUAACAGAAGAAGACAUUGACAAUGAAGAUGAUGCAAUGGAAUUGCUGGAGGAUCUUGAUGAUUUAAGAAUGGAGGGAGUAACAACCCUGGUACCUUCUGGGAGCAAAUUUAACCAAGGCCGACCUACUCAUCCUGCUGAGCCCCAGGCCAAGGUCACACUGAAUAUCUGUUCAAGGUGUGCCAGGCUUCAAGGAGACAAUCUGGCUGAAAGGACGGAAGAGACGUUACAGUUACUUCAUUCUCCAGAUGAAAUAAUCCCAGAUUCAUUGGAUUCUUUACCUGGGACUGAAGAAGCACUGAUGGAUGAGGGUGAAGAAUUUGAGAAAGCAUCAUCUAAAUUAGCAGGAUCUGGAGAAGCUUCCAGUGGUGGACACCCAUUGAAAAACUACGCGGAAGAAGAUGAAUCUUUAAAGCAACUACAGGUACUUCAUCAACCAUGGCUCUUGCCAAGUGACACAGAAAGUGAAGGCAUUGAGGCAGAACAAGAUAAACGUUCUGCCGAUCUUCUUUGUGUUCCAUGCUCUUCUUGUCCUGCCCUGGUCUACUCUGGUCUAUGAAACAGGCAGAAGAAGUUACAAGUGGUCCUUAAAGAAAUUGCAAUUAUUCAAAUCCUUAUGUAUAGUCCCAAUUUUAUUUACUAUGUGUAAUCAUUUAUAGAGUGGUUAUUUUUAUAAUAUCAAUAAUAAACAGUACUAUUGUAACCAGGGGGUGCCUAUGUGUGUAAUCAGAGAACACUAAUUCCGGCAAAGGAAUCUGGGGUGGUCAAGAUACCUGUUACCUGUUGAUAUGGUUAGAGUCCUGGGUUUAGAUUACUUUAUAUAUGGUUAUUAAUAUUAAUAUUUGAUAUAUUAAAUAUUGCCUGAUUCAAAUAACUUUGCUUAAAAGUUUUCUGUAUUUUAACUUGUCUAGGGUUUUCUACUUCUUCUAUUUUUAUAAUAUAUUCUCAUUUUUUAGAUUAAUAAACAUUGUACUUGC